AUGGUGCUCCAGAUCACCAGGAACACGAAAGUUAAUGUGGAAAAUAAGGCGAAGAUCAGUAUGGCAGGCGCAAAGCACGUGCCUGUGGCCCCUGUUGCAGCCUCUAAACCCGGACUGAGGCCAAGAACAGCUCUCGGAGACAUUGGUAACAAACUCAGCGAACAGCCACAGGCCAAACUGCCCCUGAAAAAGGAAGCAAAAACUUCAGCUGCUGGAAAAGUUAUUGCUAAGAAACUACCAGAACCUCUGGAAAAGGCUCCUGUACCUGUGCCAGAGCCCCAGCCAGAGCCGGAGCUGGAGCGGGAGCCAGAGGCAGAACCUGAGUCUGUUAAAGAAGAGAAACUUUCUCCUGGGCCUAUUUUGGUUGAUACUCCCUCUCCAAGUCCCACGGAAACAUCUGGCUGUGCCCCUGCAGAAGAAUAUCUGUGUCAGGCUUUCUCUGAUGUAAUUCUUGCAGGGAAUGAUGUGGAUGCAGAAGACGGAGCAGAUCCAAACCUUUGUAGUGAAUAUGUAAAAGAUAUCUAUGCUUAUCUGAGACAACUUGAGGGAGAGCAAGCAGUCAGACCAAAAUACCUACUGGGUCGUGAAGUCACUGGAAACACGAGAGCCAUCCUAAUUGACUGGCUUGUGCAGGUUCAAAUGAAAUUCAGGUUACUGCAGGAGACCAUGUAUAUGAGUGUUACCAUUAUUGAUCGGUUCAUGCAGGAUAAUUGUGUGCCCAAGAAGAUGCUGCAGCUGGUUGGUGUCACAGCCAUGUUUAUUGCAAGCAAAUAUGAGGAAAUGUAUCCUCCAGAAAUUGGUGACUUUGCCUUUGUGACUGACAACACUUACACUAAGUACCAAAUCAGACAGAUGGAAAUGAAGAUUCUAAGAGCUUUAAAUUUUAGUCUGGGUCGCCCUCUACCCCUGCAUUUCCUUCGGAGAGCAUCUAAGAUUGGAGAGGUUGAUGUUGAGCUACAUACCUUGGCCAAAUAUCUGAUGGAACUAACUAUGUUGGACUACGAUAUGGUGCACUUUCCUCCUUCUCAGAUUGCAGCGGGAGCUUUUUGCUUAGCAAUGAAAAUUCUUGAUAAUGGUGAAUGGACUGUCAAGAACAAGUAUGCCACGUCUAAGCAUGCUAAGAUCAGCACGCUAGCACAGCUGAAUUCUGCACUAGUUCAAGAUUUAACCAAGGCUGUCGCAAAGGUGUAACUUGUGAACUUUGGAAUACUAUGAUAUCUGCAAAUAAAAUUGGCACCAUGUGCCAUCUGUACAUAUUAUAUGUUACAUUUAUUUACUUUUAAUAAAGUUGUAGUCCUUUUUACUUAUACCUUAACUCAUUUGAAUGUGGCUACUUCCCACUUGAAGGUAAAAGUUGUUUUAAAAGGUAUGGUGGGGAAUAUUUUUUAAAAAUUGCUUUCAGUUACCUGGGGACCCAA